CGUCUAGUGGUUACUUAAAACCUGAAUGCAAGUUGAGCACACACUUUAGCUUGAGAAGAACACAAGCACUUUGCUCGCUCAUUUCCUUUUCAUUUUCCUCAAGAAGUUGAAAAAUGGAAGAGGGCAGGGUUGUAAGUGAGUACACACAAGAUGGAAGUGUGGAUCUUAAAGGGAAACCUGCUCACAAAUCCAAAACCGGUGGUUGGAAAGCUUGCUCCUUUGUUGUUGUGUAUGAGAUAUUUGAAAGAAUGGCUUAUUAUGGAAUAUCAUCAAAUUUGAUCCUGUAUCUGACAACGAAGCUUCACCAAGGAGUAGUGAGUUCUUCCAACAAUGUUACUAAUUGGGCUGGCACCAUUUGGAUAACUCCCAUCUUAGGUGCUUACAUUGCUGAUGCUAAACUUGGUCGCUAUUGGACUUUUGUCAUUGCCUCCGUUGUCUAUCUCUUGGGUAUGUGUCUGCUUACUCUAUCAGUUUCCCUUCCAAGCCUAAAGCCACCUCAGUGCCAUGAAAUUAAUGUCACAAAAUGUGAAAAAGCCUCUACACUACAGCUAGCAGUGUUCUAUGGUGCUCUCUACACUCUAGCAGUAGGAACUGGUGGAACCAAGCCCAAUAUUUCCACCAUUGGUGCUGACCAGUUUGAUGAUUUUGACCCCAAAGAGAAGAGGCAUAAACUAUCCUUCUUCAAUUGGUGGAUGUUCAGCAUCUUCAUUGGGACCCUCUUUGCAAAUUCUGUUCUAGUCUAUGUUCAAGAUAAUGUGGGGUGGACUCUUGGGUAUGGUCUUCCCACUCUUGGUCUUGCAAUAUCAAUCAUCAUAUUCUUGGCAGGCACACCCUUCUACAGACACAGGUUACCCACAGGGAGUCCCUUCACUAGAAUGGCCAAGGUCAUAGUUGCUGCUAUUAGGAAAUGGAAAGUGCCUCUUCCUAGUGACCCUAAAGAACUAUAUGAGCUUGAUUUGGAAGAGUAUGCAAAGCAAGGGAAAGUCAGAAUUGAUUCCACUCCAACAUUAAGGUUCCUCAACAAGGCUUGUGUCAAAACUGGUACAUGUACUAAUGCAGGGGUGCUAUGCCCAGUUACACAAGUAGAGGAGACCAAACAGAUGCUAAGAAUGAUCCCUAUCUUGAUUGCUACCUUCAUUCCUAGUACAAUGGUUGCUCAGAUAAGUACCCUUUUUGUGAAGCAAGGAACUACACUGGAUAGAGGCAUUGGCAACUUCAACAUUCCACCAGCAAGUUUAGGUACAUUUGUGACUCUGUCAAUGCUUGUCAGUGUUGUGCUCUAUGAUCGUUUCUUUGUCAAGAUUAUGCAGAGAUUGACUAAGAACCCAAGAGGGAUUACUCUUCUUCAAAGAAUGGGCAUAGGAGUCAUAAUCCACAUAGUGAUUAUGGUAGUUGCAGCUUUGACUGAAAGAUACAGACUUAGUGUGGCAAAACAACAUGGGCUAGUUGAAAGUGGAAAACAGGUUCCAUUGAGCAUAUUCAUCUUGCUUCCUCAGUUUAUACUAAUGGGAACUGCUGAUGCAUUCUUAGAAGUUGCCAAAAUAGAGUUCUUCUUUGACCAAGCCCCAGAAAGCAUGAAGAGCCUUGGCACUUCAUAUUCAAUGACUUCCUUAGGCAUUGGAAAUUUCCUCAGUACUUUUGUUCUCUCAACAGUUUCACAUGUCACCAAGGAACAUGGUCACCAAGGAUGGGUUUUGAACAAUCUAAAUGCUUCUCAUCUUGAUUACUACUACAUACUUCUGGCAAUACUUAACUUCCUGAACUUCAUCUUCUUCAUCAUUGUUUCAAAGUUCUAUGUAUACAGGGCUGAAGUUUCAGAUUCCAUAAAAGUGCUUGGGGAAGAACUGAAGGAGAGGUCAGUCAUUGUGUCAAACCAAGUGAUUCCAAAGGAUUAAUUGAUGGGUUAUUUCUACAAGCAACCAAAACUGUCAAAACAUGUGUGAUAUAUAACCUUGGAUGUUUUCGGUAGGAUUAUAGUCUUAUAGACUUCUUUUGGAUUUGUGUUUCCCCUGAAAUAUCAGCAACUAAAUUUGUAAAAUGGGGACUAUGGUAGAGUUAUGAUAUUAUUAAUUUGAAAAAAAAUAAUUCUAAGUUCUAAUGUAGACUGUAUUUUUGGUUGAUGUUUAUCAAUUGAGCUUCAUUGGUAAUCGUAACUC